UUCCGAUAGCUUGCUUCGAUGGGUUCGAUACCACUUUGAAUGAAUGAGGAACUUGGGUGGCUCAAAUUCUUUCUUGCGCCCAUGCAGGAUGGGAGAUUCUCCGAGCAAGGCCAUAGCCGACCAAUUGGUCAGGCUAUUUUUAUAUUCAUCGGGGGUACGGCAUCCUCGUUCAAGGAAUUCCAGGACGACACAAUUCAACUCAUCCCCGCCGGAACAACUAGCCCCUCGAUGCCUGCUCCAGACACCCAGUCGCAGAGAGAUCGUUACAAGGACGUGGAGGAUGCUAAGGCUGGAAAAGCGGCUAGAGCUGUCAAAAAGCCUGAUUUUAUUAGUCGACUGGGGCUGCAUCUUGACGUACAAGCAUACGACAAGCCUCAUAGAACUACUGACCUGACUUAUAUGCUUCGACGAGCAAUCUUCAUUCGUGCCAAGUCGGAAGAAGAAGCCAAGAAACGCGGCGAAGGUGUUCGUGGUGUGGAUACGUCUGUGCUACGUGGUCUGCUGAAGGUAAACACCUAUAAGCAUGGCGCGUUCAAUCGAAACUAUCCUCAAGGGAAGUGCAAAGGGUAACCUCGAUCGCGACGCGCUUCCUCCUGACGAUCAGUUGAGUUUACAUUUGGGAGAUGUGGUGCAGUUCAGGCAUAUAAUUGACGAACACCACACGGCGCAACCCUCCGAGCCGAAGUCCUCCAAGCCGCCAUUUGAGAAGAGUAGCACCUUCCUGGAUUACUAUCCAAAUAAUCAAGAAUUUGCAACUUGAGG